AUGUCAAUUCCUGUGCAAGAUAAAGUUGCGGCGGAUCGAGGCGUCCUCGCAAAUGUGCUUUGCUUGCCCUUUGAAAUAUGGUGGAGCAACCGCCAGGCGAGGCGAAACGAGUAUGUGUUCUUCCUUACCAAUUACGACUUUCACGAAGACGUCGCGAUUCGCGAGAGCCUGCUAGCACUGCCACACCUUGAAGCUGUGCACAAAACAAGCGGAGACAGCAAACGAGAGGGAACUCGAGAAACAGCCCGUUCUCUAGGCACGCAUCUCGAGGCCCCGGAAGAUAAAGAACGCGAGACUCGGAAGUUUCCUGCGACGCUUCAACUGCGGCAUCGUAGGCAUUAUGAGCCUUCACCUGUGCAUCAGGUUAGCGACAGUCAUGUGACCUUUUUGAAGGGUGCCCGUCCUGAAAACGAAAUCCACACCGCCAAGUACACCAAGUACAGCUUUGUCCCGCUCGUGCUCUUUUACCAGCUGACGCGGUUUUCCAAUUUCUACUUCCUCUGCGUCGCCAUGCUUCAGCUGCUUCCCGCCAUUAGCGACUCCGGCGGGGUGCCGACGUACCUGAUUCCCAUCUCGAUCAUUGUCGGGCUCUCAGUGAUUAAGGAGUUCUUCGAAGACUACAGCCGCCACAAAAGCGACGAGGAGGAGAACUCCAAGCAGGUUUUGGUUUUCGAGAAAGGCAAGCUGGUGGAGAAGCAGUGGCGGGAGGUUCGCGUCGGGGACGUCGUGAAGGUCACGGCUGGCCAGCAGUUUCCCGCUGAUCUGGUGCUGCUCAACUGUGCUCAUGACUACGGAAUUUGCAACGUCGAAACGAAGAACGUCGACGGCGAAAGCAAUGUGAAGAGCCGGUUUUGUCUGCCGAAACUCACGCGCAUAUUCGCAGAUGACAGCACAGCUGGAACUGCAAAAGUCCGCUUCGUCUGCGAGCCAGCUUGCGAAAACUUGACGAGCUUCAGUGGCAAAGUGAUUCUUCCGCCCCUUCCGAAUCGAGGCGGCGACGAAAAUGCUGAGAGACUCGGGAGCUCGACCCGCAGUACGAGAGGCCGUUCUUCGAGUUCAGGAAGCAGAAUCCCAAUGGGGAACAGUGAGAACCAGCGCGAGCGAGAUGAAGCAGACACGGCAACAAACGAGAGGGUCUUUGGAGGAAGCGACUCCAGCUAUGCAAUGCAUGUGACAGAAUAUUCUGGCGGCAAAAACAAGGUGCCUCGCAACGGCCAGAUCCAGAAGCAGGAUUCCAGUCCGCGACAAAACGGAGAGGGACGGAAUCUCCAUAAACGUUGUCCGUGCCAUUCCUAUCGUGCUUCGCGGUCUUCUGAACGUGACAAUGAUUUGCCCCAUCUAGAGCGUGCGUCCAUCUCAGAGGAAGAGGCAACUGACGAAAGCGGUGCCUCAGAAGGCAGCAGGAAGGAGCGGCAGGAGGACCUCGAGGGGAGUGAGGGCACCAGGUGUGACGGUGGCGGACUGCAAGCCCUAGAGAUUCAUGAGGGAGGACCCGAAGCUCGCCAGGAGUCGUCGGACACUUUCAGUCGAAAUGCUGAGGAUCCUCCGCAACGACGAAGACCCGAGGAACAAGAGGAAAUCGCGCUCAGCUUCAACCAGCUGCUUCUGAGAGGCACAUCGAUGGUGGAAACAAAGUGGGCUUACGGAGCCGUUGUGUACGCAGGCAGGCAAACGCGCCUGAUGAUGAACAGUCGGGUGGGGGCCGUCCAGAAGUGGUCCAGAUUGGAACUCAACUACAGCUCGCACGUUGUGGUGAUGAUCAUCGUCCAGGUUCUGUCAGUGUUUCUUCUCUCCUUCAUGUCCAUCUACUGGAUUGAGACGCAAGGCUACCGCGCCUCGUACCUCGACCUGCGGCACUAUGUUUCGACGAUAAAGAAUUUCGGGCUCACCUUCGGGGCCACCUUUCUGGUCUUCGCCUCCUUCGUCCCCCUCGACCUCUUCAUGCUCUGGGAAAUCUGCCGCUUUGUUCAGGGGCUCUUCAUCAACUUCGACAAGGAAAUGUACAGCACUGAAGCAGAACGCCAUGCACUGAGUCAGGCAGCUCAGCUGAUAGAAGAAAUGGGAAACGUGACUCACGUGUACAGCGACAAAACUGGAACGCUGACGAAGAACAUCAUGCAGCUCAAGUGCGUGGGUCUCGGAGACGGCUUUGAGUACGGCAUGGAUCUCUGGUGCGACGACCGCGCGGCGAUGAAUGCCAGCGAUCGGAAAUUCCAAAAGCAAAUGCGCCAGCUGAAACGCGAAGCGCAGCGGCGUUGUGCUGUAUCGCGGCGCCUUUCUCAGGAGGCAACUUCAGCUCUUGGGCGCCUGGCCAUGCCGCGGGCGGUGUCCAGUGCUCCCCGUUCCAUUCCUGGUGAUCCGCCGGCACUGACAGUCUCGCCUGGGUCUAGCGGAAGCCUUUCGCAUUGCCUUUCACACUGCUCGCAGCACUCCGCAUUUGGCGCUGACAGCGACUCCGUGUCCGAGACCGGAAUGGCUCAGGCUUCUCCGGUUUCCCUCUCAAAGGCACCUUCUCUUCCGCGGAGUAAUGCUGAGGAGCGGAUGCCCCGUGAAAGCCGCAGCUCUCGAAGAGGCGCGCGAGAGUCGCGCGCUUCUGUCGAGAGAGAGGAGGAUGCAAACGACAGCAGCUCUGGGCCGUCGACCUCUGAGGAAAUGUAUUCUCGAUGUGGUAAUGACGAAGACGAAGGCCAGUCGUCAGCACCCAUCUUCGCGGGAGGCGCCCUCCGCUCUACUGUGUGUCAUCCAAUUUUUCUCCGAGAGGAGAACAGCUUCGUGAGUCUAGACCGCGUUGAACUCGCAAGGUCGAUUCUUCGAUCACCUCCUAACGUCGUCGAUUUUGCCCGCCAUCUGUUCCUGAUUAUGGGUAUUUGCCAUACCGUCCUCGUUCGCGAGAGGCGAUGGAACUCGCGAGAGGAGACUAAGGCCCCCGGGCCGUCCGCUCUCGAGCGCGGCGUCUCACAGCCGCUGCUCGGUAGCGGAGGCUUACGGAGAGACAGCUUGGACGACGAAAAAGCCAGGAAGCGUGGCAGGGGCGCAAGGCGGCGAGGCUCAAGUGAACAACGUUUCCGUCGGCGGAAAGCCGGAGGACGCCAGGGUAUCAGCUCUGCUGCUGUGGCGGCUCUCUCGAGUUGCGCAGGGGGCGCAGCGCGGUUGCGGAAGGUCAGUCUUCCUCGGCUUCGCAGGAGUCACACGGUGUCGGUUGCGGAACAGAUGGAAGGGAAAGCGCGAGAAGCCGAGGGCGAAGCGCCGGUCUGGGAAGACGCCUUCGACAUCUGCCCCCGUCGCACAGAGUGGGUCGACGAGGCCUCCGGAUUCGCGUUCCGAGAAUUCGACGAGGCUCCACCGCAGUACGAUGCGAGCUCCCCCGACGAGCUGUGCCUCAUCAGUGCAUGCAACUACUUCGGCCUCGAGUUCGCCGGCCGCCCCUCUCUUAUGGAAGUCGAGCUCGAACUCACUUCCUCCUUCAUGGUCGAGCUCCUGCUCGGGUGGAAGCGCGAGGUCGAGGUCAGCCGAAAGGCAGCAGGGUUGCGGAGCCCGGGGCCUGGGGCGCAUGAAGACAGGAGAUGUGGCUACCCGCGAAAAGACGGCAAUGGCAGCAGUACCGAUUUCACCGAAAUGACACGCCAACUGAUUGUGAAGCAACUCGAAAGAGCCCAGCGACUGGUGGCGGGACCGCAGCGAAGAUCGGAGGCUCCAGCGACUCCGCGCUUCAACGGGAGAGCUGAAGCGCAUCCUGGGGCCAGCGGUAGGGGUGCUGCGGAGAAGCCAACCGAACGAGAAGUCCCAGACAGCGAGGAUCACGGGGCAAAAAAAAGAAAACAGGAGUCACGAGUAUACCCGUCAGAUGCUUGCGGCGCCGCGUCUGUGGGAUCGGAAUCCAAAGAAGAAUUCCUGGGCGCCCUUGUCCAUGCUCGAAGUGACAAGCGAAGCGUCUCCAAAUCUGCGGUACCUUUUCUGUCUUUUGAAAUCUUCGAUGUCCUCGAAUUUGACAAUGUAAGAAAGCGAAUGAGUGUCAUCACGCAAGGAUUCGAUGGCCGAUAUCUUCUCCUCUGCAAAGGUGCCGACACGCAGAUGAUGGAGGUUGCAGCGCGUGGACAAGAGAAGCACUUGGCUUCCAUUAAUGCCCAGCUGCACGGUUUCGCCUCUUCUGGACUCCGAACACUGGUCUUUGGGUAUCGCUACCUGCCGCCGGAGCUCUACAGAGACUUCCAUUCUCGAUUUACCCAGGCCCAGCAACUUCUUGGGGAGGAACAGGAGAACGCCGUCGCGAACUGCAUUGCGAUGGUCGAGAGAGAUCUGCUAGUUGUUGGCUGCUCUGGUAUCGAGGAUCGUCUUCAGGAUGACGUUCAGGGGACGAUAAAGGAUCUGAAGGCCGCCGGGAUUCAGGUUUGGGUGCUUACCGGGGACAAGUUGGAGACAGCCAUCAACAUUGGCCACAGCACCAACCUAAUCAGCGAGACAGCGUAUAACGCGGUUAUUGAUGCCACCAACAAGGAGGCCAUUGUCGAGCAGCUCUCCAGACACGAAGUUAGAGAGCUUGUCGACCGGCAAAUGUCGAAAAAGUCUCGUGUUGAAAGAUCGCGAGGAGUUCCGGGUUCAUCUACGGAGAGUGCCUCACUGAGUCCGGAGCCGUUAAAAGUGGAGGCGACAGAUCCGAGUCUGUUCCCGGGUCAACCAGACGGUGUCUCCCCGCAAGGCAGCCCACCAGAUUCGACCUUGGAAAGUGUGUCAUCUACCGCUCAGCGGGGCAACCGGUGCCCUUUCUCUGGCUCCCUCCUCAACGCAGAGGCGCUUUCGCGGUCAGAGAAGGGGAACAAAGAGAGAGGUUCUCCCUGUGUGUCAGACCGAAAAACUGUGGGGAUGAGGACAAGGCGGAGGACACCCGAUAAUGGUCGUGUAUCAGAAGAGGGAGACGUUAGUUUCAAGCUGACAGCGGUGGAAGCAGCAACAGAGGCCGUGUUGCAACCGUCCCCCAGUGCCCCUGCUAUUGCUGGCGUGGACACGAAAAAAGGGAGCAAGGCUCACGGCAAAAGAAGUGCCCUUGCGUUGUUUUCAACAAAACGCAUCCGUGGGAAGUUGGGGGAGCUACUCAGUAUUAACUCACAUGGCUGGAGUGGUGACUCCUCUGAUGAUUCGAGCCUUGAUGGCACAAAUGUAGCGCACCGUCGAAGUGGCCGAGGAGUGCCGCACUUCUCAGGCUUCGGCAGCGAUGUUCGGAUUCGAGAGUACAGCGAGUUCUGCACGACUGUUACAGGCUCGGCUUUAGCCGUUAUCAUGCAAGAUCGCUUGCUGAAAGUGAAAUUUUAUUCCUUAGCUCGGCACGCCUCCACCUUGAUUGCCUCCCGCGUCACUCCCAAACAGAAGGCGUUGCUUCUUAGGCAAAACUCAGCAUUCAACCCACGAGGCACUUCGUUAGCUAUCGGAGAUGGGGCAAAUGACGUGGCGAUGAUCCUGGCGGCCUCCGUUGGAGUUGGCAUCUCCGGACGGGAAGGGUUGCAAGCUGCUCGGGCAGCCGAUUUUUCGAUCGGUGAAUUCCGACUUCUGCGGAAGCUGCUGUUUGUUCAUGGGCGCGAGGCCCUUCGUCGAAAUUGUAUUCUUGUGUACGUAUGCAUUUUCCGAAAUGCCGUUAUGUGCUGGUGCACCCUUGCCAUGAACUUUCUUUCUGGGUUUAGUGGGCUAGAUGUGUGGAAUACCUGGACGAAACAAGUCGUCUCCCUCGCUUUCACGUGUCUGCCUGUGCUUGGGUUCGUCACUCUUGAUCGUCAGGUCCCGCAUAGAGUACUUUUAGAAAACCCUGUCCUAUACGAAAUUAUUCCUUCCACGUUGUGGCCGUAUUAUACUGAUCAUAGGGUGGUUCAAGCACGUGAGUGGGUAAACAAUCUUAUCCUUGAUCCGGCAUCCCGUUCAUGCCGAGCGGUUGGGAGAUUCCUAUUCUGGCCAUUCGCCCGGUGGGGUAACCGGAUAGAUCUCUCUAUGAUUUACGCAUGGUUUCAGCAUCGAAAGAAACCGGAAAAUGACCGGUGUUACGGCACUCAUUGUUUGCUUCUCUGGCUUGCCUUUGCCCUUUGGGUAGCUGUCUGCCAGUUGACAUUUACUGUCUACAGCGUGGUUGGUGCGUGGACACCGAGCGUGAAUAAGUCUCAUGGCUUUACUUCGCUUCAGUUUGACUCGUUCUCUCAUGUCAUGGAAUUGGGCUACAUCAUCAUUGUAAACGCCGUCAUUGCGGUGCUGUCUAACACGUGGACAGUUAUAGAAGUCCUAAUACACGUCGGUGAGAUUGUGGCAGCGCUUCUCUUUUGGGUCGUUAUCUCGUACUGGAAAUUGUUCUUGAACAUCGCUGGAGCAGAGAUGCUCCAUGGAACGUACGUCCUUUGUUCCUUGUGUGCGUCGUAUUACUUCGGCCUGACCAUAACGAUUAUCGCUUGUCUGCUGCCGCUUCUGGCGCCCCUGGCGUGGCAGAUGUCUCGCAAACCGACGCUAGAACAAGUUCUUGUUGAGCAGCUCAAAUCAGGGACCUAUAAACCAAUCUCAGCCAGGCGAGGUCGUCCAGAAGGUGUGGCGUAUGUUGCUGUGGAGAGUCCGCAGAUGCGCCGAGGGACAGGAGCGCGUGGUGACGAAGAGGAGUACAAGGGUUUCGCCUUCACGCAUGAGCCGAUCUUCAGUGUGCUUCCCUCGCUUCAGGAGGCAUACAAAGCACUCAAAAAGACAGGCGAAGGCGCGAAGGUGCUCCUUCGCAAGACCCAGACAUUAAUUAAAGGUGGCGAGGGGAGUGAUGCGAAGAAAUAGGCCAAGAAGUGCGGAUGCCACAGCCGCUUUGGUGGACAGAUUGCAGUCGCAAGCCGCCAGCGUGGACAAUCCUUUUCUACUGUGGCGGCUUCUCCCUUUGUCGACGUAAGGGCAGACAGUGAUUUUCGCUGCCAACAUCUUCAUGAGGUCGUGGUGUACCUGCCGAGCGUGGUAUGCGAAAUCAGCAGGUUACAUCAGAAUUGAGCACGCCUGACUUCACAGAACGCGUGAUGGCACGCUGGCGAAUCCCCACCAUUUCAGGGGCUCUUCAGAAGUACCUUGUUUUCGGUACAUGAGCGAGCCCGUGUUUCAUUGCCAAUUUGAGAAAGGGAGUGA